AAAAAGAACGCGAUCGCCGGGGACGGACGGAAAUUUGCAGGGAUGGAUCAUGGAUGCUGGGAAGGGGCAGCGGAAGCGUCGCUGCGUCGGGCCGAGACCUGCCGUCGGUAAAUUCUAAUUAAGCGCCAAACCUCACUCUUAAACAGGACUAAGGGGAGAGGACGAGGAAGGAUGGCCCCCUCCUGACACGUGUCGGGGCGUGCACCAGAGCCGUUAGUGUUGACGCCCAAUCCGGAACUUCACAAAAAAUCGGCCUUCGUUUUCCCAAACGAUCGCAAUCGGCCUCAAAAAAAUCGGCCGCGCCGUAGUGAGAAUCCGUCCCCGCUAUUUAUUCUCCCUCUCCCGGUUUCUCUGAGUUCAGUUUCCCGUUUUCUCGGGGAAAACCACGGAGUCCGAGGACAGGGCGAGCGAGAAGAAGUCCAUGCUUUAUUGGACAUAAUAUUGAAGGAUGGAACUAGCUACCUCGCUUCUUGCUCGUCAGCCCCUCUCCCCGUCGUCCAGUAAAGGUUCAAGGGAAUGGAGAGUAUUAGCUCUCUCAUCCAGUGGCUUUGAUUGUGUUAGUAUCGGCAGAGGGAGGUUACUGUUUGCUACUUGCCCUUCUGCACUUAUCAAUUGUUUGAAGAGGUCGUCACUGCGAGUGAACCAUCACUUAAUGCAUUUUCAGAAAAAAAAUAAUGUUAAAUGUUCAUCACACCAAGGUGGCAAACCAUCACACCUUAGGAGGAAUAGCAAGGGUCUUUCUGAUGUUAACUUCAAACGGCCACUUGAACCUGGGAAUUUUGAAGUUCACGCUAAACUUCAAUCAGACACAUAUGAUGUUGCAGAGUCAAGGAGUGACUUAGUUAAGUUCCAGGAUCCUGUGGAGGAAGUUCAUGUGCAGGUGGAUGAUAUGCAAAACACACCAUUAUUGCUGAAGAAGUUCCCAAAGCGCUGGGUCAUAGUCAUCCUUUGCUUUUCGGCAUUCCUCUUGUGCAACAUGGAUCGUGUAAAUAUGAGCAUUGCUAUUUUACCUAUGUCAGCAGAAUUUGGCUGGAACCCUGCCACCGUUGGAGUGAUACAGUCAUCAUUUUUCUGGGGCUACCUUCUUACACAGAUUGCAGGAGGCAUAUGGGCAGAUACAGUUGGUGGCAAGCGUGUUCUCGGCUUUGGUGUAGUUUGGUGGUCCAUUGCUACUGUUAUCACACCUGUAGCUGCAAAGUGUGGAUUGCCAUGUUUGCUUGUUGCACGAGCUUUUAUGGGCAUUGGUGAGGGGGUUGCAAUGCCUGCCAUGAACAAUAUUUUGUCAAAGUGGAUCCCAAUGGCAGAGAGAAGUAGAUCUCUUGCACUGGUUUAUAGUGGGAUGUACCUUGGAUCAGUGACUGGGUUAGCAUUUUCCCCCCUGUUGAUACAUAGUUUUGGCUGGCCGUCAGUCUUUUACUCUUUUGGUUCACUUGGAGUUGUAUGGUUUUCCAUUUGGCUAAACAAGGCACACAGUUCACCUUCAGAAGAUCCCCAACUCAGUUCUCAAGAGAAACAGCUAAUUUUAAGUGGCUGUGUUCCCAAGGAACCUGUUACUACAAUUCCGUGGAGAUUGAUUCUGUCAAAACCACCCGUUUGGGCUUUGAUUAUUUCACAUUUCUGUCACAACUGGGGAACAUUUAUCCUUUUGACAUGGAUGCCUACAUACUACAAUCAGGUUUUGAAGUUUAACCUAACAGAAUCAGGGAUCUUUUGUGUUUUACCGUGGCUUACAAUGGCAUUAUCAGCAAAUAUGGGUGGUUGGAUUGCAGACUCACUUGUCAAUAAGGGGUUUUCUGUAACAUCUGUUCGAAAAAUAAUGCAAUCAAUUGGAUUUCUCGGCCCAGCUUUUUUCCUCACUCAGUUGAGUCACGUGCAUUCUCCUGCAAUGGCAGUUUUAUGCAUGACAUGCAGCCAGGGAACUGAUGCAUUCUCACAAUCUGGUCUUUACUCCAAUCAUCAAGACAUUGGUCCUCGAUAUGCUGGAGUACUCUUGGGUUUAUCAAACACUGCUGGAGUGCUAGCUGGUGUUUUUGGGACAGCUGUAACUGGCUAUAUUCUUCAACAUGGAUCAUGGGAUGAUGUCUUCAAUGUGUCUGUAUCGCUUUAUCUUGCCGGCACAGUUGUUUGGAAUCUCUUCUCAACUGGGGAAAAGAUUAUUGACUGAUGUAAAUCACUUGGUGUGCAUAUUGUUCAGAACAAUAUACAAGGGACAUAAGACAGCAUUUAUUAGCAUGUGACACACCCACCAGGCAAGUGGGCGACAGGACCUGGAAUUUUCCAUGAUCUGAAGUGCUUCCAGGUUGAUGGUCAUCAAGGGGCUAAAUCCAUCCAUGUAAGAGCUUGUGAAUACGAUGAGGUACAUAUUUUAGCUGUUUACCUCUUAUAUUACAAGGUUAUUAGCUGUUAACAGAUGUUUCUACUAGUCCUCAAGUCCUCAAGAAAGAACAGAAAGUAGCACAUCUGGAGGUUUCAGGAUCUAGCCUUCUGUUCUUCAUGCUCAUAUAAUUCAUAUUCAUUUAAACGUCAUUCAUUCUUGUGCAUCAUUGUAAUCAAUUUAUUGUUCUCAUACCACGUUGAUGAACUCGAUGGUUAUCACUUUUUCCAUUCUGCUUUACUUUAACAUGCUAAUGGAAACUCAAUAGUCAAUAGUAUAAAUGAUUGUGAAUCCAUACCAUUAUUUCCUUGUGAUUCUC